AUGAGUCAAUCGAGGAAUUCUACGAGUAGAAAAAUUGGAAAACCAUCUUCUUUUACGGACAUUUCUUCUAAAAAUAAUUCUAUUGCUAAGACCUUAAUUGAAUACGAUAUAGAUGAAACUUUGGAAAUCAAGGAAGAAAUCCUGGAAGUUCCAGAAACAAUUACAGGACAGAAUGAUUAUGAAACCUAUGAUUCAGUACCGUGUGCCGCAGAUAUAUCUGCGUUUGCCCUUAUUAGGGAUGAUGAUAUUUCGCUUACUAAGUGCAAAUUGCGGUCCGCAAAGAAGCAGGAAAUUCAGGGAUUAAAACAUCAAACUAAGUACAAAUGCGAACAGUGUGAGCGAUUCUAUACUCAGGAAGAAAGUUUAACUCUUCACAAAAAAUUCGAAUGCAGUGUCGCGCCAUUGUUCAAAUGUGAACUUUGCGAAAAACUAUUUAAACAAAAAGCCUAUCUGAAUCUCCACGUUGACCUUGUACAUACUAAAACAUACUUACAGACAUUGAGAACGAGGCAUAAUUGCGAUAAAUGUCCUCGAAAUUAUCGUUUUAUAAGUGGCUUGAAUCAACAUAAACAUUUAGAACACGCAUCAGCCAAAUCUCAAUUUAAUUGUGAAUUUUGCGAAUAUAAAUCGAAUAGGAAAGUUCUCUUAUUAACUCAUAUUGCCUCGCAUCACUCACAGGCUUUAAAAUCAAGAUACAAUUGCGACAAAUGCUCUAGAACUUUUGUUACUUUAUAUGGAUUAAACCAACAUAAACAUUCGGAACAUGCGAUCAUUAAAUUAAUAUUUGUAUGUGAUCUUUGCGGAUAUAAAUCAAAUGAGAAAGCUAACUUGAUAAAACACAUGUCUGCACGCCAUAUGCAGAUAUCAAAUUCAAGGCAUAAAUGUGAAAAAUGCUAUCGAAGUUACGCUAGUUCAUAUGGUUUAUACAAACAUAAACGUUUAGAACAUGCGAAAAUCAAACCAUAAUUUGCAUGCGAAUAUUGCGGAUUAAAAGUGAAUAAAAAGGCUACCUUAAAACACACAUUACAACACUGCACUUGCAGACAUCGAAUUUCAGGCAUAAAUGCAACAAAUUUUCACGAAGUAACAUUUGUUUAGGUGAUUCAAAUCGACAUCAAAGUUCAGAGCACGCAGAAAUCAAACCUCAAUUUAUUUUUUAUUUUUGUGUACAUAAAGCGAAGAGGAAAAGUCACUUUAACACAUUGCUGCGCGCUAUCUCAAGUAAUUUAGUGUUAAAUAAGAAAACUGUUUGGUAUUACCUUAAAUGGAUGCGUAAACAUUAAAUUACUUUAAAAAUUAAAAAAUAAAAAUUUGAAAUAAUAAAAAAUAAAUAUAAAAAAAUAAAUUACUUUAUAAAAAUAACUUCACGUCGCUCACAUACAUUCAAAUCAAGGCAUAAAUGCGACAAAUUUUGGCGUAAUUACACUUGGUUAAAUGCUUUAUAACGAUUCAAAAUAAAUAGUUAUGUUUGUGCUAUCAGUAAAGAAAUUAUUAUAUAUUUGUUCUAGAGUUA